UUUUUAAGCUUUUAUAAAAGUUUGUGGUACGAUUCUCUAAAAAUGAUUUUUUUUCAUUAAUAUUGUCAGGUAGUUUCCUUUUUGCGCCCUCCCUUUGCAGUUUUUCUGCACAUGCUCGAUGCUCCUGCUAAUUGCCGCGCUGCUGCUUCAGGAGACAAGUUCUGACACAUCCGAGCGGUUCAGCCAAACGCAGGCAGCUGCGGCGUCUGCAGCGCCGUGGCUGUGCUCCCCCACGUCAGGAAAGGAGACACUGGUCCAGAGAACACUCCUCCCCUCCGUCCUCGGAGCGUUCCCCCCUUUCUCUCUGUCUUCCAACCAUGAUCUGGCUGCCAGUCUUCCUCUGCGCGCGUGAGCUCGACCAUGACGCGGAGCAGGAGAGGUCCUCUCUAACGUCACCGGAUCUCCAUGCCCGGGACUCUUCUGCAGGACUUUGACUGUGUUUCUGUGAAACAUGCCAUGUUCUCGGGGGUGCUCGAUUCUUUCUCUGCUCCACUUUGUUUUCAUCCUGGCAGGCGGCCACAAAGAACUCUCUGACACACUCCUUUCCCUCCUUGCAGACCGAGGUCCUGACCGGUCAGUUGUCCAUCCUGUGAAAACCAGCGCUGAUGGAGAGUUUAUUUCCAACGAGGUGUCUCACCAUUUCAAUGUUGGGAGACACAGACGUGACCUGCAAGGCCAGCCUCCUCAGAGCCAGGUCUACUAUCAGCUUAGCUACAAGGGUCGAACCUUGAAGUUCAAUCUGACUGCAAACAAGCAUCUGAUUUCCAGCGACUAUGUUUUGGAAAAAAGGAAGGACAACUCCACUGAGCAUCGCUCCGUCCAGAGGAACUCCUGCCACCUCAUUGGGACGGUGGAAGUCUCUGGUGUUAGAGGGACCGCUGCCAUCAGCACCUGUGCAGGACUGACUGGAUUCUUCUCUCUGCCAGACGGACACUUCUUCAUCGAACCUGUUCAGAAAUCUCCUGAUGGACUUCCAGAGCCUCACAUUAUCUACCCCAAAGCUUCUUCAGGAACUCACAGACACAAACGUGACUCGGAGCCGGAAGAGACUCGCAGCCCGUGUGGAGUUCAAGACGCUCCAAGCGACUCCAUCCAGGCCGAGAGGGAGAGGGAGGAGUGGGAGAGGGAGCAGCAGAGGGCGGGGGCUCGGGCCCGGAACCACAGGUCCGUCAGUCGAGAGCGGUGGGUGGAGACCAUGGUGGUGGCCGACUCCAAACUCAUCGAAUACCACGGCAGUGACAAUGUGGAGUCCUACAUCUUCACCAUCAUGAACAUGGUGGCGGGCAUCUUUCAUGAUGCUAGCAUCGGGAACGCCAUUCACGUCAUCUUAGUGCGUCUCAUUCUCCUACAAGGACAAGAGAAAGGGUUAAAGAUCGUUCACAAUGCAGAUACAACUCUGGCCAGUUUCUGCGCCUGGCAGAAACACUUAAAUCCACAAAAUGAUGCUCAUCCCGCUCACCAUGAUCUGGGAAUUCUCAUCACCAGGAAAGACAUCUGUGCAGGAAUGAACCAGCCCUGCGAGACCCUGGGUCUGUCUCACCUGUCUGGAAUGUGUCAGCCUCACCGCAGCUGUAACAUCAACGAGGACUCAGGCCUUCCUGUCGCCUUCACCGUCGCCCAUGAAAUGGGACACAGCUUCGGAAUUCAACAUGACGGCCAGGGGAAUGACUGUGAGCUUCAGGGGAGGCACCCGUUCAUCAUGUCCAGACAGCUGAUGUACGACACGUCGCCGCUCACCUGGUCGUCCUGCUCCAAGGAUUACGUCACGCGCUUCCUCGACCGAGGUUGGGGUUUUUGUCUUGAUGACCGUCCCUCCAAGAGGGACAUUGCCACGCCACUGGCUCGUCUCGGCCUCCGCUACACCACCCACCACCAGUGUCAGCUCCAAUAUGGUCCAAACGCCACUUUCUGCCCAGAAGUUGAUAAUGUGUGCCAGAUCCUCUGGUGUUCUGUAAACGGCUCUUGUCGCUCCAAACUGGAUUCUCCCAUCGAUGGUACCCGCUGUGGACCAGAGAAGUGGUGCAUCUCUGGAGAGUGUGUUAUUGUGGGUAAGCUGCCUGAGACGGUGAAUGGUGGUUGGGGACCGUGGAGCAGCUGGUCUUACUGCUCUAGGACGUGUGGUACUGGAGUUCAGUCUGCAGAGAGGGAAUGCAACAACCCCAAGCCAGAGUUCGGGGGCAGAUACUGCACAGGGGAGAGGAAGCGCUAUCGGACCUGCAACACAAAACCUUGUCAGAGAAAUAAACCCACCUUCAGGGAGAUGCUGUGCAGUGAGUUUGACACCGUGCCCUACCACAAUGAGCUCUACCGCUGGAUUCCCGUCUUUAGCCCCACGAAUCCCUGCGAACUGCACUGUCAACCUGUCGGUGAGUUUUUCUCUGAGAGGAUGCUGGACGUUGUGACCGAUGGAACGCCGUGUUUCAUGAACAACAAAUCCAGAAACAUCUGUGUCAACGGCGUGUGCAAGGACGUUGGUUGCGACUACGGCAUUGAAUCAAACGCCGUGGAGGAUCAAUGUGGCGUCUGUUUGGGCGACGGAACAAGCUGUCAGACCGUCUCAAAGUCAUUUGAUCAAGGAGAAGAGUUUGGCUACAUGGACGUGGGGGUGAUACCUGAGGGGGCACGGUAUAUUUCGGUGAAGGAAGCGUCGGAGGUGGGGAACUUCCUGGCCCUUAAGAGCGUGGAGUCAGAGGAGUACUUCCUCAACGGCAACUUUAUAAUCCAGUGGAAUGGCGAGUAUGAAGUGGGCGGGACGACGUUCUACUAUGAACGCAAUGGGAACAUGGAGAACCUCACUGCUCCUGGACCCACCAAGCAUCCAGUCAUGUUGCAGCUGUUGAUUCAAGAAAAGAAUCCAGGGAUAAAGUACGAGUACACCAUCAAGAAGACGAAAGACUCUGAGAAUGAGGUCACUGAACCCAUUUACAUUUGGAAACAUGGAGCCUGGACCGCCUGCAGCACCACUUGUGGCCAAGGAGAACAACACCAGCCUGUGCGCUGUUUUCAGGAGGAUGUAGGCGUUGUGGACGAGUCUCUGUGUGACCCUGACAACCGUCCAGAAGACAAACUUCGCCAAUGCAAGAACAUGGAAUGCCCCGCCAGGUGGUGGGUCGGCAGCUGGCAGCAGUGUACAGCCACCUGUGGGUCUGAGGGUGUGAGGAAGCGAACGGUUCUCUGUGUUCGCACCGUUUCCUGGGAAGAAAGAGUGCUCCAUCCUGUGGAAUGCAAGCAUCUUCUGAAACCCAAACCCAUAGUGCCGUGCAACAGGGAUGUACCAUGUGGACAUGAGUGGGCUGUCAGCAGCUGGGAAGAAUGCUCUGUUUCAUGUGGAGGAGGUGUUCGUUCACGCAAUGUAACAUGCACACUUAAACCCAGGAAUCCCUGCAACGCCGCCACCAAACCCAGAUCCAGAUCCCUCUGUGCCUUGCAGAACUGCCCCAACUCGAGUCUUCACAGAAAGCUGCCUAUGUCCCGCCGCAUCCUCCCUCCAAAGACUCCUCCCUCUAAGCAUCCAAGAACCACAGUAGCACCUACAUCGACAAAAAAAGCAGCUACUUUCAUACCAAAAACGACAUCACUUCCAAACGUUGAACCCACAACCCCUGAAAUCAUCGAUGCAGAUGACUAUGACUUUAGUGUUGGGGCGGGAAAAACAGAGAAUCCAAAAAACCUCACCAAGUCUAACAUUAUCAAAAAACAGAAGAAAGUAACUAUAAUAGAAGAUGAUAAUUUAGAAGAGGGAAGUACUCCCACCAUGCUCAUGUACACUGCCGGAUAUGAUUAUGUUGUUGAAGAUAAGACAGGAGGAAAUAUUAGUGAUGCGGAAGUUUUCACCACAGAAACAUCCCUCAGAAGUUUUCUUCAAGUAACUCCUUCAAAACCGCCAAAAAGCCCAGUCACAAUGCAUACAAUCAGAGCACCAGCCACAACUACCAUCCCGUGGACAACUCAACACUUAUCCAACCCCCACAUCACCUCAAACAUCAGUCGGGGCAGCCACUGGACACGCAGGAAUCCAUGGAUCACUACUGCUUACAGGAACCGGGGCGUCUCCUCCAGAACCAGCAACCAGGCAAAAAGAGCUCCUUCUGUGACACAAAGAAAACCGUUCUCCACUGCAGCGUCCCCCCACCCCACAGCAACAACCGUUAAGAUGAGAAAGUCUGCCGGGACACUCGAGGACAACAGUUCCAGCUCACAUCCAACCAAGACGUCCUCCAAGUCCAAAAGUGGUGGAUCCAAGAGUCAAAACCAGAAACAAAAAACUCCACAAAGCAGCUCAGUUAGUCAUCAAAACAAGCUGGACGCCAGAGAGACGGUCAGCAUGGACGUCUUCUGGAUUGUUGGAAACUGGAGUGAGUGUUCAACAACCUGUGGGAUUGGAGCUGUGUGGAGAACAGUCACAUGCAGUUCAGAGAAUGAAGAAGAUUGUGCCAAAAUGAAGAGACCAGAACCUGCACGAACAUGUCACCUGCAGCCGUGCGCCGCAUGGCAGGCUGGCAGCUGGAGCAAAUGUCCAGAUGAUUGUGCGUUGGUUAGAAAGAGGUUCCGGGACGUCCAGUGUGUGGACGCUCUAAGUAAACGUCCUCUUCGACCGUUUCACUGCCAGGCUGUGUCCAGCCGGCCCGUCAGCACUUUGGUGUGUCCGCACAAGCCCUGCAUGAACUGGAGCGUAUCGCCAUGGGGACCGUGCUCUGGGAGUUGCGGCGAAGGCGUCCGGGAGCGGCUGGUGUUCUGCGCUGAGCCACAUCACUGCAGCACCACUCUGAGGCCAAACAGCACAGAGCCCUGCAGCUUGGAGCCAUGCACCCACUGGGAGACUGGGGACUGGGAGGAGUGCUCAGUGAGCUGUGGUGGUGGCCAGCAACGGCGUUCACUCAAAUGUGUGACGGAGCAGGAAUCAGCUGUCAUGCCAAACAGCUACUGUGAGAAGAUUUCCAAACCAGAAACAGUCAGAAUAUGCAGCAAGCAGGACUGCAACUCAGUUUGCAGAAAGAACGCCAUUUCUUCUCGCUUCUGUGAAAAGCUGAAGCUUUUGGGGCGCUGCAGUCUCAGGUCUGUCCAAAAACAGUGUUGUGUGACCUGCAGACCGUAACCACGACUCAUCACACAGCCUAUU